CUGGUUUCCUGUUUCAUCUCUCCCAAUUCACAUUUCUCAACCUGAUUUUCAUUCCACCAAUCGAUCCAAAUUCAACCAUGAAACAACUCUACAAACAGUCCAGCAUCAAUCAUCGGCGAGAUGAGGAGAUGCCGUCGUCGGCCAUCACACCUCCAUACUCUCCAAAGAUCCAAAAGCAUCCAAGAUCUCUCCCUAGAUCCAUCAACUACCUCCUCAAAGAACAGCGUCUUCUCUUCGUCCUCGUCGGAAUUCUAAUCGGCUCCACUUUCUUCAUUCUCCAACCUACCCUCUCCCGCAUCGGCCCCACUGAGUUCCACUCCUCGAUUCCCAGAUCGGUUUCUCUAUACGGACGUGAUUCGUCCUCGCAAUACCGAGGGAAUUACGCCGGGAGAGAGGUUGGUGGUAGAGUUCCCGUAGGAAUUGGCCGGCGGCGUUUGAGGAUUGUUAUUACAGGCGGCGGCGGAUUCGUCGGUAGUCAUCUGGUUGAUAAGUUGAUCGCGAGAGGAGAUGAUGUGAUUGUGAUCGAUAAUUUCUUCACUGGAAGGAAGGAGAAUGUUAUGCAUCAUUUUGGUAACCCUAGGUUUGAACUUAUUAGACAUGAUGUUGUUGAACCUAUAUUGUUAGAGGUUGAUCAGAUCUAUCACUUGGCUUGCCCUGCUUCUCCUGUUCAUUACAAGUAUAAUCCAGUGAAGACAAUCAAAACAAAUGUAAUGGGAACUCUUAAUAUGCUUGGUCUGGCAAAGAGAAUAGGGGCUAGGUUUUUGUUGACUAGCACAAGUGAAGUUUAUGGGGAUCCUCUUGAGCAUCCCCAGAAAGAAACGUAUUGGGGACAUGUUAAUCCGAUAGGUGUUAGGAGCUGCUAUGAUGAAGGAAAGCGGACAGCUGAAACAUUGACAAUGGAUUAUCAUCGAGGCGCAGGUGUUGAGGUCAGAAUAGCUAGGAUUUUCAAUACUUAUGGGCCUAGGAUGUGUUUGGAUGAUGGCCGUGUUGUGAGCAACUUUGUUGCACAGGCUAUUAGAAAACAACCAUUGACUGUAUAUGGUGAUGGAAAGCAAACUCGAAGCUUCCAAUAUGUAUCUGACUUGGUGAAUGGAUUGGUGGCAUUAAUGGAAGGAGAACAUGUAGGUCCAUUUAACUUGGGAAACCCUGGGGAAUUCACCAUGUUAGAGCUAGCUGAGGUGGUAAAAGAAACAAUUGAUCCAAGUGCAGCCAUUGAAUUCAAACCAAACACAGCUGACGACCCACAUAAGAGAAAGCCAGAUAUUAGCAAGGCGAAAGACCUAUUGAACUGGGAACCGAGAGUAUCACUCAGGGAAGGUCUGCCGAGAAUGGUUUCUGAUUUUAGGAAUCGCAUCUUGAACGAAGAUGAAGGUAAAGGGAACUAAUUCCAUAACAAUACAAACAUACAAGUUGAUUGGGCUAGUAUAUUAUAUGAUGCAUACAUUGUUGUUAUUAUUAUUUUUGUGCUUUUUAUCAUAAAAGGGCAAUCUUUUUGACUUA